AUGGCGGGGGAAGAAGCAGCUGUUGCGCUGCCCGUCGAGUACCGGGUGAUGCAGGGGCCGCUCUUCAAGAAGCCGAGCAAAGACCCGAACUCUUCGAAGGUCAUCAAGCUGAACCGGAAAGUGGGAAGCAAGGUGCAGAGCACCGGCCAAACGUGGCAGGGUCCUGCUGGUGGCCUCUGGCUCGAGUUGGAUGGAGACAAGCCGGGAUGGCUACUGGUGGAAGGCCCGGGUUUCAACCAGCCAGGGCCACUGUUGGAGGAGGUGCGACCGGGCGAUGAGGAGCCAGUGGUGCUCUAUGCCCUCUCACCGAUCGACGACAGCAAGUUGUGCGACAUCUGCCUCAAGCCGUCACAGACAGUGAAGCACGCCAAACAUUGGCUGGCACUCCGCAUGCCUGGGUUAAAGGUAGAGAGCAUUAUCGUGGCCAAAGAGAAGCCCAGCGAGAAGACUCAUGGCCAAGGCUUGCGGAACUUCCCUGCCAACUGGAUUCUUGAAGAUGAGGUCCGAAUACGAGAUACUCCCUUCAAGGACGGCGAGGAGUUCGUCUUCUUCUAUAUGGGCGAUGCUGCCCAGGAUGUGGCCGAUCUGCAAAGUCGAGCGGAGCUGUCUGAAGAAGUUGUCGUCCGUCGAAUGAUGUCGGCUCGCAGCCAGUCCCCCCGCGGAGAUGACCGACGCGGCACUUGGCCCAGGGAGGACCCGCCUGGCCAGCUGCGCCAGCUGUGCGUCUGUGCUGCGUCUGAGGCUCCCUUGGCUCCCUUCGACCGCUCCUUCCGAGAAGCCCUCAUCGACGUGGUUGAUGGCUGCUUGAAGCACAGGCCAGAGGCCGUGCCUGUGGAGCAGUAUUUUCAAGAUCACCUGGAGCCCGUGUUGAGCGCUCUGGCCAUUGACUGCAUUGCCAGCCAGCCGGAGAACCCAACCGCCUUUUUGCAUGCUUGGGUGAGACAGCGGGAGUGCGAAACCUCUCCGUCCCAAAAGGGCUCGGCACUGCAGGAUGGGGAUUUCGACGUGUCGCCCAUCGCUCGCAUGGCGAUCUCGAGCUGGCAUCACAAGGAGUGCUCUCGGGAAUUGGCUGCGCUGCAGAAGGAGCAACAAACUUUGCGGGAUGUACUCAAGACGUCACAGCGGGGCCUGCGGCUCUUGCGGGCUGCAGAAGCCGGAGAUCGUUCGGCGGUGUUGGCCAUCCUGGAGCCGCUGGGCUUGGCACAAGGUCAGUCGAGUUCCGCCGCGGCGGCGGUCCGAGCCAUGGAUCACCUGGGCAAAGUCCUCCGGUGCCUGCGAAGCCGCGGUGUGACCAGCGCCUCCUCGGCGUUCCUGCAUUUCAGCCCAGAUCAGGUGCUUUUUGCCAUCUUCGGCUCAGACCACGGCGCGGCCGACGUUGGUUUCGGGGCCACACCCAGCCUUCCGUCCAGGGUGAAGUCUGCCCAGGAGGCUCCGCGAAACCGUGGUAUCUCCGGUUUCUUGAGCCUGACCUUGGCGACUGCUGCAGCCGCCCGCGGACGCCGGCAGAGACAGAGCAAACGGAGUUUGCGGAGCCUGCGGGGAGCGGCCUCGAACUCGAAGGAGGCCUUCUCUGUGGCGGCAGAGGUCUUCGAAGAGGACGAGGUGGAUGUCGCCAUUAUCGGCGCGGGCCCAGCGGGGACCUUGCUGGCCUACCUGCUCGCCGAGCAGUACGGGAAGAAGGUGAGUCUCAUCGACCCGAAGGUUGACAAGAAGUGGCCCAACAACUAUGGAGUUUGGCAGGCCGAAUGGGAGGCCUUGGCUGAGAAGUUGGAGCUGGACCUGGACAGCUGCUUGGGCAGCAAGUGGCAAGUCACGGACUGCUACUUCGGCGGCUCCUGGGAGUUGCCGGAUGAGAACCAGCUGCGCCUCGACAGACCCUACGGCCGAGUUGACAGGGACAAGCUCAAGGCGCUGCUGCGAAGCAGUUCGAAGGUGCAGGUGCUCGAAAAGGAGGUGGAGUGUCAGGUGGUGGCCACGAACAUCUACGACACCCCUGCCAUACGACAUACUUCAGCCGGCUCCAUAAUUUUGCUCUCCGACGGCUCGGCCGUGCGGACGAAGCUCAUCGUGGACACCACCGGCUUCGAGUCUCGCCUCACUCGGCGCCUUUCGGCCCCUGGAGAGCCACCGGCUCCGGCGCCAGGCUAUCAGAUCGCCUACGGCUGCGAAGUCGUGGUGGAUGGUUCCUUCCACUAUGCACCAGAGGCCAUGACGCUGUUCGACUACCGCACGGACCACCUCCGUUUCGAUCCAGAGUGGGAAGGCCGGGCAGAGAAGGAGCCAACCUUCAUGUACGUCAUGCCGCUCGGUCCGGUAGAAGGCGAGCCUGGCGCCCAAAGGGUCUUCUUUGAAGAGACCUCUUUGGUUGCGCGGCCGGCAGUGAGCUUCGAGGAGUGCAAGAAACGGUGCUUCCAGAGACUCAAGUAUCUAGGUGUCAGCUUCAGGGAAGACACCAUCACCGACGAGGAGUUCUGCUACAUACCCAUGGGCGGCCCUCUACCCGAGCCCGGGCAGCGCAUCGUCGCCUUCGGAGCGGCGGCGGCCAUGGUCCAUCCCUCCACAGGCUACCAGCUCUGUCGGAUGAUGUCCGCCUCGAAGGAUGUUGCGGCUGCCAUCGCCGGAGAGUUGAACAACGGCUCCCCGCCGGAUGCAGUGGCUGCGGCGGCUUAUGAGGCUAUCUGGAGCCAACAGAACCAGGGUCAGCGAGACUUUGCGGUCUUCGGCGGUGAGUUUCUCAUGGAGCUGGACGUGGCUGGCCUUCGGGGGUGGUUUCAGGGCUUCUUCAACUUGCCAGAGGAGCUGUGGGCGGGCUUUCUUGCUGGCUGGCCAUCGCUGCCUGGCAAUGUGAACCACGAGUCUUGGCUGCCCCGCCUAUCGUUUGGUCUUCAACUUGUCACGAAGAUCCCUUUGCCAGUGGCACUGAAACUAGUCGGUGGCAUCGCCCGCUUUUCGUUGACCUACGGUACAACGCUGCUCCGUUCCGUCACGCCCCUCUUCGGCUCCCCACCAAGUUACGCGUGGACCCCGCCGGUGCCGAAAGAAGAGGUGGGCGACGUGCCCGCCAAGCUGGAGGCCUUGCGGAUGAUGAAGGAGUCUCAUGAAGAGGAGAAGCCCAAGGAAGCAAAGGCCAAGGAGCCUGUGAGGCAAGAGAAGGGAGAGAAGGUGGACUGGACUGUAUCGAGCCAGCGAAUGCAGGUGGAGAUCAGCCACUUGCAAGUGCUCCUUGAAGAUGAAAUCCACCAGCUGGUGCAAUACUUGGAUCACGAAGGAUCGGGCAGGGUGUCCUACCAGAGCUUCCGCACAAUGGUCGUGCGCUUCUUGGCGACAAGUCGGGACUUCCACUACGCGUUGUCCCCGGAAGAGUUCAAUGCCAUCAUGUUCAGGAUCGAGUCCCGACUGGCAUCCAACGGGACAACCAUCGGGCAGGCCCUUGCAGAGCUCGAUUCCAGCAAUUCGGGUGCUCUGUCGGAUACGGAGUUCAUGCAAAGUCUCCGCUUGCUGCGCCUGGGCCUCUCCAACAAGGAGGUGGCGCAGGUCUUCAACUCACUGAGCGCCAGCUCUUUCAAGGUCGCAGGCACCUCCGAGCUGCCUAAUCCGUUGAUGAGGGGUCAGGUGUCCAUAGACCUGUUCGCGUCCUUGGUGGCCAAGAGUAGCAAGGACAGCCGCCUGAAGGAAUGGGCAACAAGCACCUUCAAUAAAAUUCGCGAGGUCCCGCCGCCAUCGCUGCAACAUUCCGCCACCUCGUGCUCUUCGUCCUGGUUGCGCUUCUUGAGGCACUACGCCGAUCCACCUGUACGGCAGUUCUUGGCCAGCCGGGUUGGUUGCAAUGUUGCAAAGUGCCGCUUUGUUGCGUUGCCGGCCAGGGCCGAUCAAGCCAUUUGCUCAGCCACAAUUGACUCAGAGUUUUAG